CAAAUCUAACGGUCGGCAGCGCCCUCAACAUCUCCCUCCACUUUUGCUCCGCAGUAGGAGCACUCAAAACGCUUUUGCUUUCUCCUUCCCCUCUUCAACAAAAGAAGAGAAAGCAAGCCAGAAGCCAAGCCCAAUGCCCCCACCUCCAUUUUUAUCUCUUUCUCCUCCUGUUAUACUCCAUCUCCCAUAUCUUCCUCUUCCUUGCUCAUUCUGUCUCUGUCUCUCUCCAUGGCCAUUAUCAUUUUACUCCUUUUUUUCUCCUCCUUUCUCCCCUCCUGCUCUUCUUUCACUCCUCCCUCCCCUGCCAAGCAAGCAUCCAUCCUCCUCUCUCUCAAGCAAUCCUUCGUCAACCCAAACCCCCUCCUCUCUUCCUGGAACUCAUCAAACACCUCCUCCUUUUGCUCAUGGGCCGGGGUUAAAUGCGACAUUGCCGGCCGCUUCAUCCUCUCUCUCGACCUUUCUAACUCCAACUUCUCCGGCUUCAUCUCUCAGGCGAUCGCAGGACUGCAAUCUCUUGCCCAUCUAUCCCUCGCUGGGAACUCUCUUUCCGGCCACCUCCCUCCAGGCAUUGCCCAUCUCCCUCGCCUCCGCUUCCUCAACAUUUCAAACAACCAGCUAAACGGCUCCCUCGCAAGCUGGAGCUUAGCCGCCAUGUCGUCCAUCGAGGUGUUUGACGCUUACGACAACAAUUUCUACGGCCCUUUACCGGUUGAAGUCGUCAAGCUUUCAAAGCUUCGACACUUAGAUCUCGGCGGGAACUACUUUUCAGGCACCAUUCCAGCGGCCUACGGCGAUUUCGCUGCACUCGAAUUUCUAUCGCUUGCCGGAAAUGAUCUCGGUGGCCGAAUACCACCAGAGCUAGGCAACCUGACUUCUCUCAAACAGCUGUUUUUAGGAUACUACAACCAAUUCGACGGAGGAAUACCAAUGGAGAUUGGGAAAUUGUUCAAUUUGACUCAUCUCGAUCUUUCCAGCUGUGGGCUUGACGGCGAGAUCACACCCCAAUUGGGUAAGCUUGAAAAGCUCGAUACUCUGUUUCUUCAAACCAACCAACUCACCGGCGUAAUUCCGCCGGAGCUUGGAAACCUUACCAGGCUUAAGUUCCUCGAUCUAUCAAACAAUGCUCUCACCGGAGAGAUCCCUAAGGAGCUUUCAGCACUCCGACAGCUCAACCUCCUUCACCUCUUUAUCAACAGGCUUCAUGGGGAAAUCCCUAAGUUCAUCUCCGAACUGCCGGAGCUUCAGGUGCUGAAGCUCUGGCACAACAACUUGACAGGGGUGAUACCGCCAGAGCUCGGCAGCAACGGGAAUCUCCGGGAAUUGGACCUUUCAUCGAACAAGCUCACUGGGGAAAUUCCGCCGGCGCUCUGUGCCGGCCGCAAGCUCGCAAUCUUGAUCCUUCUCAACAACUUCUUGUUUGGACCAUUGCCGGGGGAUCUCGGUGAGUGCAGAACGCUCUCAAGAGUCCGUCUUGGUCAGAACUAUCUCACCGGACCAAUCCCAAGUGGCCUCCUUUAUUUGCCGGAACUGUCACUGAUGGAGCUGCAGAGCAAUUACCUCACCGGGAGAAUCUUCAACGACCAAUGGAGAACUCCGGCGAUGCUCAGCCAGCUUAACUUAUCAAACAACCGUCUUUCUGGUCCCCUGCCUUCUUCCUUGGGCAACUUCUCGGCACUCCAAAUCCUCCUUCUCAACGGAAACCAGCUUGCCGGCGCAAUCCCAACGGAGCUCGGAAAGUUGAGACAUUUGCUUAAAGUCGAUCUUAGUGUCAACAAUUUCACCGGCGAGAUCCCACCGGAGAUCGGUGACUGCUCUCAACUCACUUAUCUCGAUUUAAGCCAGAACAUGCUCGUCGGAGCGAUACCUCCUAGUAUUUCCCAGCUAAGAAUCCUAAAUUACCUCAACGUUUCUUCAAACCAGCUUAGUUACAGGAUUCCAAUCGAAAUCGCUGCCAUGAAGAGCCUAACAGUCGCCGACUUCUCUCACAACAACUUAUCCGGUCGGAUCCCUGACUCCGGCCAGUUCGCCUACUUCAACUCCUCCUCCUUCACCGGAAAUUCACUGCUUUGCGGCCUGGUUACAAACCCUUGCAACUUUUCAAAAAUCGCUCCUUUCCCACCAAACCAACACGGCGGAGAUGGAAUCAACUCAUCACUCCCUGGAAAAUUCAAGCUACUCUUCGCCCUUGGCCUCCUAACCUGCUCAGUUAUCUUCGCAGCCACAGUUGCCGUCAAAACUCGCUCCAUUAUCCGUAAAAGCUCUAAAUCAUGGCGUCUCACCGCAUUCGGCAAGCUCAACUUCUCUGCAGUCAACAUCUCCGACUGCCUGAAGGAAAACUGCGUCAUUGGUAGCGGCGGCGCCGGAGUUGUCUACCGGGGCACAAUGCCGAGCGGCGAGCACGUGGCCGUUAAGCGAUUACUAGGAAUAAGCCAAGGAUCGACCCACGACAACGGGCUCACAGCGGAGAUACAGACGUUGGGGAAGAUCCGCCAUAGAAAUAUAGUAAAGUUGCUUGCUUUUUGCAGGAACAAAGAGACAAACCUUCUCGUGUAUGAAUAUAUGCCUAAUGGGAGCUUAGGAGAAAUGCUUCAUGGAAAGAGAGGCGGGUAUCUGAGGUGGGAGAUGAGGUUGAGGAUCGCGACAGAGGCAGCAAGGGGAUUGUGCUAUCUUCACCAUGACUGCUGUCCACUGAUUCUUCAUAGGGACGUGAAAUCGAACAAUAUAUUGCUGGAUGAAAGUUUUGAAGCUCAUGUUGCUGAUUUCGGACUGGCAAAGUUCUUGAGGGAUUCUGGAUCUUCGGAAUGCAUGUCAGCAAUUGCAGGGUCAUAUGGUUACAUUGCUCCAGAGUAUGCGUACACGCUGAAAGUGGAUGAGAAGAGCGAUGUAUAUAGCUUCGGAGUUGUGCUGCUGGAGCUGAUUAGCGGGAAGAGGGCGGUAGGAGAUUUCGGGGAGGAAGGUGUGGAUAUUGUGCAGUGGGCGAAGAUGAUGACAAACUGGAAUAAGGAGGCGGUGGUGAAGAUUUGGGACAGGAGGUUGGCGAAUAUUGCUUUGGAGGAGGCGAUGCAGGUGUUCUUCGUCGGAAUGUUGUGCGUCCAGGAAAGGAGUGUGGAGCGACCGACAAUGAGGGAGGUGGUGCAGAUGCUGGAGCAGGCGAAGCAGCCAAAUGGAAGUUGAUGUAUUUUUUUAUAUUAUUUUUGGUUUGGUCUGAUAAUUGUGGGUCUGUUGAUAGGAUGUGAUGGUUGGAAUAUCAUGUUUACUUUGCUGAAAGAAUUUUGGGGGGAUAUAUUGAA